AUGGUUUGGGGAUGGAUUGCUUAUAACUUCAAAGGUCCUCUUGUUAUUCUUGAUUAUCCUGGAGGGAGAGGAGGAGGAAUGACUGUACAAAGGUACAAGGAGCAAGUUUUGCUACCUGUCCUUAUUCCAAUCUUCAAUUGGCUUCGAAUCGAACGUCCUGGCCUCUUAUUCCAACAGGAUAAUGCUAGAUGCUACACAGCCCGAGUUACAAAGCAAUGCUUGCAGGAGAACAAUAUUCCUCAAAUUGAUCAUCCACCCAUUUCACCUAAUGUCAAUCCUAUUGAACCAGUCUGGUUUGAUUGGAAGAACAUUUUUCGAGGUCAACAAAGGACACCAACAUCUAAGGAGGAAUUGAAGGAAAUGGCUAGGGAAGCUUGGGAUAAUCUUACAUUGGAUCAAAUUAAUAAACAGAUUGAAUCCAUGCCAAAGAGGGUUGAUACAGUUGUUAUUGCUUGUGGAGGAAACACUGGUUACUAA